AGCGUCAUCAUUGGCUUACAGUCCGUCAGUGCACGAGCAAACACUGCGCGAUCAUUCAUCACAUCCAGCAGUCAUUUCACACGUCUCUAGCGGACUUCUGACUGUUGAUAUGGGGCAAAAUCAUUUACAAUUAUUUCUUAAGAAUUUGUGGCUGCUCUUUCUUAUUGUGGAACACGUUAAACCUGCACUAUCAGAUGGUUGGAUCCAUGCGCAUGCAGAAGACAAACUUUUUAAAAAACUCUUCAUCGGUUACAAUAAGUGGUCCAGACCUGUGCGGAACAUCAGUGAUGUUGUCAUUGUCAAGUUUGGCCUCUCAAUUGCCCAGCUUAUUGAUGUGGAUGAGAAGAAUCAAAUGAUGACAACGAACGUUUGGCUGAAACAGGAAUGGAACGAUUAUAAACUGCGCUGGAACCCCUCCGAGUUUGAUAAUGUGAUGUCUAUUAGAGUCCCGUCGGAGAUGAUUUGGGUGCCUGACAUCGUCUUAUACAAUAAUGCGGAUGGCGAGUUCGCAGUGACCCACAUGACCAAAGCCCACCUGUUCCACACGGGGAAGGUGAGUUGGGUUCCUCCCGCCAUCUACAAGAGCUCCUGCAGCAUUGACGUCACCUUCUUCCCGUUCGACCAACAAAACUGCAAGAUGAAGUUCGGCUCCUGGACCUACGACAAGGCCAAGAUUGACCUGGAGCAGAUCGAGAACACCGUGGACUUGAAGGACUACUGGGAGAGUGGCGAAUGGGCGAUCAUCAACGCCGUGGGAACCUACAACACCAAGAAAUACGACUGUUGUCACGAGAUCUACCCGGACAUCACCUACUUCUUCAUCAUCCGCCGUCUGCCUCUCUUCUACACCAUCAACCUCAUCAUUCCCUGCUUGCUUAUUUCUUGUUUGACCGUGCUGGUGUUUUACCUGCCAUCGGACUGCGGAGAAAAGAUCACGUUGUGUAUUUCAGUCCUUCUUUCCCUCACCGUUUUCCUAUUGCUCAUCACUGAAAUCAUUCCCUCGACGUCUCUGGUCAUUCCACUCAUCGGAGAGUACCUGCUCUUCACCAUGAUAUUCGUCACCCUCUCCAUAGUCAUUACCGUCUUUGUGCUGAAUGUGCACCAUCGAUCGCCCAGCACCCAUAAAAUGCCCAGUUGGGUUCAUUCGGUGUUCCUGGACCUCAUUCCCCGCUGGCUCUUCAUGAGACGCCCAGAACCCGAGCUGAAGCACCGCAACACGGCCAACCUCAGCACAUCUAAGAGCUGGCUUCAGCAGGAGACCGACGUGGACGGGCGGGACUGUCAGGACAUGGAGUUCGGGGUGGGGAUGGGGAUGUCCACGUCCAUCUCGUCCCCAUCCGCCACGUCUCUGCAUCUGUCCGACUCGGAGCCUUUACUCCAGAAGUACGAGCUCCGGCAGUUGGGACACGUGAUGAACCUGUGCCAGCGUCCAGCAAAGCUCACGAACCUCGUGUCAGACCCCGGUCUCAGCUUCUCACCGUGUGUCCUGAAGGCCCUGGACGGGGUGCGCUACAUCGCUGAUCACCUGCACGCUGAGAAUGAAGACUUUUCAGUCAAGGAGGACUGGAAAUACGUGGGAAUGGUGAUUGAUCGUAUCUUUCUGUGGAUGUUCAUCAUCGUGUGCCUGCUGGGGACGGUCGGCCUCUUCUUACCUCCCUGGAUAUCAGGAAUGAUCUAAGAGCCGUGAUACACACCAACAUCAAGAGCUCUGAUAAACACUUGAAGCCAAGACCUUUUACAGGGACCAUUAAAAAGAUGGCAAACAUUGUAAUAUAUAUAUAUAUAAAAGGUCUUUUUUUCUCUCUCUUCCUUUGAUGAAAGAUAUCUUUCUGUUCAGGGAAUAUUUGAGGACGCAAUUCAUUUUUACAACGCAGGAAACACAACUGAAUGCCUUGACAUUUAGCACUAUCAAACUGCACCCGAGUCCUGUCGUUUCAUAUGCAUAAAGAGCGGGGCCGUCACCGACCGCAAUAUGCUAAAUUAACCUUUGGGAAAGAGGCAAACGCUUAUGUGACCCUGAUGGGUGGCAGUUCAAUUCAGUUCACUCUUUACCCUUUAUUCAACUGUUCAAUGAAUCGUAGAUUACAUUUCGUGCCGCUUUCAACAGCAAUUAUCUCCAAGGUCAGAAGGCAACUAUUUAUUUAUAACUUUUUUAUAUAUAUAUAUAAGUCUUUGAAAAGAAUGCUUUUGAUAUUGCGAAGGUCGUGUAAUUAUCCAAGACGGGUCUGUGGACCAUGUGGGUCAAAUGGGACCUGGGAGAAAAAUGACAUUUACUAUUUGAAAUUCUGCUCGUCCACUGAACUAAAACACUAUUUUGCCAAACAUGAAGAGCAAUUAAAGCCAAACUAAUAACUAGGAUCCGUCUUUAUCAGCUGAAAUCGAGAAUGAAUCGUGACAUGAAAAUGUCUCCUUCGGUUGAAUUCAUAAUUAAUGUAAGUGAGACUAUCUGCCAGUCACAUCCCUUAAUAGCUCUAUUUUACAGCUGUGAAAAAAAGUCCCUAACAGACUAAUGAUGAAUGAGACGACAUGAGCGCUGUCGCCCUCUGCUGAUGAUUGUGUAAAACACACCAGGAUUCCCACUCUCAUGAAAAACCUAGAAAUUAAAUG